GGCAACCAGGCCCUUGAUGGCAAAGCUGGAUGGUGGUGGUUCUAAAUGGAGGAUGGGAGCAGACUGUGUGACCGUGGGAGGCAGCCUCCAAGAGAACCAUGUGUAUCAUCUUCUUUAAGUUUGACCCUCGCCCUGUUUCCAAAAAUGCUUACAGGCUCAUCCUAGCAGCCAACCGAGAUGAGUUCUACCACCGCCUUUCCAAGCGAGCCGACUUCUGGGGGACCAACAAUGAGAUCCUCAGUGGGCUGGACAUGGAGGAAGGGAAGGAAGGCGGGACGUGGCUUGGCAUCAGCACGCGGGGCAAACUGGCGGCACUCACCAACUACCUGCAGCCGAGGCUGGACAGGGAUGCCCGGGGCAGAGGUGAGCUGGCCGCCCACUUCCUGACCAAUGACAUAGACAGCUUGUCCUACCUAAAGAAGAUCUCCACAGAGGGGCACUUGUACAACGGCUUCAAUCUGAUCACGGCUGAUUUAAGCACAGCCAAGGGAGACGUUAUGUGUUACUAUGGAAACCGAGGGCAGCCUGAGCCCAUAGUUCUCACUCCAGGCAUCUAUGGGCUAAGCAAUGCCCUGCUGGACACGCCGUGGCGGAAACUGAGCUUUGGGAAGCGGCUCUUCCAGGAGAUUGUGGAGCAGAGCCAGACUCUGUCCAAGGACGCCCUCAUUGCCCAGCUCCUCAGCGUGCUUAACAACGAGGAGGCACAACUGCCAGACCCAGCCAUCGUGGAGCAGGGCCAAGAGUAUGUGCAGCCCAUCCUCAACAAGUAUGCGGCGGUAUGUGUGCGCUGCCCAGACUACGGCACCAGAACCAACACCAUCAUCCUUGUGGAUACAGAUGGCCAGGUGACCUUUGCAGAGCGCAGCAUGCUGGACGAGGACCCCACCCGCUGGGAGACCAGUACCCACGAGUUCAGGCUACAGAGCUAACCCCACUCCCACAUGGGGCUGGCACAGACAGGACCCUCCACACCCACAUUGCACAAAUGGGAGACUCAGACAGCAUCCCAGGGAUCAG